UUUUUUUUAAUAGGUAUUUUAUUCUCUUCAAUGUUCUCAUGCAAAAUUUUCUCCUUUACAUCAAAAAAUCCCAAAGCAAAAAGAAAGUUCAGUUUAGAUUCAUUAAUCUAAUUUUUGGUGCGCUUAUAUAAAUUUCAUUUGGGUAAGCAGGAGGAUGGCUGGUACUAGUAAUACAGUUCCAACUUUUACCGAACCUAUCAAUCUAGUUCUUUUCGGCAGAGUUGGGAAUGGAAAAAGUUCUCUUGGCAAUAGCAUCAUCAGAAAGACUGAGCUCAAAAAUGGUGAAGCUGUUAGUGCCAAGGCAUUUGAAGCAAAGGCUGCAGAGUCUGGUGUCACAAGUGUAUGCAAAAUGGAGACAACUACCCUCCAUGAUGGCCAAGUUGUUACUGUCAUUGACACUCCAUGGUUGUUUGAUAUGGAAGUAGGUGUAGAAAUUUUAAAGAUGGUUCUAGCUGCAAAUGGUGGAAAGCCGUUCACAAAUGAAUUCUUUGAAGAGUUGAAGAGAGAAGCCUCGCGAAGACCAGAGACUGUAGAUCAUAAUUUAAAUAUGUUUAUGCUGUUUCAACAGAGGAUAGCUGAGAUAAAUAACGCGAUUACGAAGAGAUUUGAUGAGACAAUCAAACUGAUAAUGCAGGAUUUAGAAGACGAACGAUGUGCCAGAUUUACUUGAUUUAGAAUACUAACGAUCUACCAAAAAAGAAUUAAAAGAAAAGAUGUUAGUUGAUUUAGAAUACGACCGAUCUGCCAGGAAAGUAUUAGAAGAAAAGGGUGGCACUUCGUCGUAAUUGUAGUAUACAAUGAGUUUGGUGUUUAAUCCAAGUACAGUUUCAUUAGAUUGUUGAAGGUUUUCAUUUUAUUUUAUUUAUGAUAUAAUAAUCAAUAAUGCAAUCGUUAGAUUGUUGAAGGUUUUCAUUUUAUUUUA